AUGUCGUCUCGUUCUAGUGCCACUCCUCGAAGCAACCUUUCCGAAUAUCAGUCGCGUCGCGCGUCCAGCUCGGCGACACCGAUCAACCCAUUUAAGCCUGCGAUAAAGGCAGCGCGAACAAAGUCGCCUCAGCAACCAGCUGCCGGACCUUUCUCAGGCAUGCGACGCGGAGAACCGAUGGCCGUCAAGGCGGAGCCGUUCACACAAGCCGCAACCCCUCUUUCUUCUGGGCAUCCUAGCUCCGCCUCUUCAUCCGCCACCCCCGUGUCACCUGCUCCUCUGCAGCCGCGCCGGACUGUGACGAGUGCUACACCAGGAGGCUCGGCGAAGCUGGAAGAGCACCCUCGGGAACGUUUGCAAUCAUGGCUGAACAAGUACAUGGAAGAGAAGAUGGCGAUUCUCGAGCAACGUCUUAGCGGUGGAGAUUCGGAUGAGGACCCAGAAAUGGCAGACAUGAAACUCGGACAUUAA